AACAACCAUUGCUCAUGGUCUUAUAUGAAGGUUUAGUUUCUUUAACCCUGAACAAGUACACCAACUUGUAAUCGUUAAACGCACCCCAGGCACCCCCUUUUUUCCACGCACUUAACUAACAUAUUUAUAAGUGUAUAGUUCAUGUGGGCGGUGCGUUUAGCUGUGAGGGUGGCGCUUUUAACAAUUACCCAACUUUUACGAGUAAGCUGAAUUCAAAUUGCAGUCCCCGCGCACUCCCUCCCAAGUAGGCAAGUAUAAAUUAACUUCAUCUUCUUCGCUACGAUUGAUUCUGAGCGCUCCAAAUCUCACUGAUUUCACUCCAAAACCCUAGCAGAAUCUCCCAAUUCCAAACCCUGAAUCUUCCACAAUGUCCUCACCUACAACCUACCCAGUCGUCGUCGACGACAAGGACCUCGACGACGCCGCUUUGUGGGCCAUGAUCGAUUCCGCCACGGCCUCGCGCAAAUCCCUCGUCAGCAAGCACCAUUCCCCUUCUCCGAUCUCGAAAUCCUCGCCGCCGGCACCGAAGUUUCAGAGGCUAUCCGGGGACUCCGGCGAAGUGGUGCACGAUCCGUGGCCUUACCGGCCGCCGAGGAAAAUCGCGAGGAUCUGUUCUUCGGAGGAAAGCAGCCCCCUCGCUUUGGUUCGAAGCGUGCAGAGGACGACGCCGCCGGCGAAAGUUUACUCGUCACCGGAGACCGGAAAGUUGAGCGAAGCGCAAAGCAGCCCCCUCGCUUUGGUUCGAAGCGUGCAGAGGAUGCCGCCGGCGAAAGUUUACUCAUCGCCGGAGACCGGAAAGUUGAGCGAAGCAACGCAAGAACUGAGCAGUUACACGGAGGUCUCACCGAGGUGCUUUGGGAGGGGUGAGGAGGAGAAGGAGAACAGCCUGAGGCAUAGCUUGUCUGGAAGUUUUCCUUCGGUUUCGUUGUUUAAGGAGUACCAGAAUGCAGCUAUGGCGAUUUUGGAGAAAACUGAUUACACUUUGAUUUCUGGGAAUCCUUACAUUAAAAAAACAGGUUGGAGAAAGAUAUCUUGUUACUUUAAUAUUUCGUAUGAAAUCAGAGACAAGAAUAUUGAGUUUGAUCAGGACCGCAAUGUUCAGCGUGCCGAGUUUGUGAUUCGUGCAUACAUGCAGGGUGGCAGGUUCUCAGAUGGUUGGGGCUCUUGUGACCGACGUGAAAAGAGAUUUCAGAAACCAAACCAUGAUAUCCCAAGCACAGCGGAAACUAGAGCCAAAAAUAAAGCUUGUCAAGACUUGCUGGGAAUAGGAGAAUAUCGACCUGGUGCAGCAACUCAGUUUCGUUGAUGUUAUGAAUUACUUUUGUGACGAUUUAGCAUGCCCCUGAUUUUUUACAAAGUCAACCGAACUUCAAGUUGUAAAAAAUAUGUAUCUUAUGUUUAUAAAUUCAGGAUGCAUUAGAAAAUUCUUCUGUAAUUCUCAUUUAACACGUUUUUCACUUUUUUGUGUAGAAGAUAUUCAAAAUAUUUAGUGAAUGCAUACGAGAUAAUCUUAAAUAUAUCAUAGGUUUUUAUUCAUUCA